AAUCAAGAAGAUGAUAAACUGUUAACUUCUUCAGCCAAAGCAAACAGAGAGGCAGAAACUGAACUCUUUUAACAGUUCAAGAAUACUACUUUUUUCCAUAUAGAAAUUAAAAAGAUGGCUAGUUUAGGCAUGUAUUGGAAUACAGGAAUCAAGAAAAAGGCAGUGAAAAUGGCUAGUUCUGCAAAGGAGAUUAAUAAUGAAAAGCAGAACAACAGAGUUGAGCUACCAGAGAAAGUGAAAAAAUCAAGAGUAUUAAUAUUAGGUGGAACUGGAAGAGUUGGUGGUUCUACUGCUAUUUCUCUCUCUAAAUUCUGUCCUGACCUUCACAUUAUCAUUGCUGGUAGAAAUAGGGAGAAAGGGAAUGCUAUGGUGUCAAAACUAGGAAAAAACUCAGAAUUUGCUGAAGUAAAUAUAGACAACAGAGAAGCAUUAGAAGCCAAUUUGACAGAUGUGGACAUUGUGGUUCAUACUGCCGGGCCAUUCCAACAGUCAGAAAACUGUAAAGUACUAGAAGCUGCCAUUGGGACCAAGACAGCCUAUCUUGAUGUUUGUGAUGACACAAGCUAUGCAACACGGGCAAAGUCCUAUAUGAAUAAAGCUCUGGAAGCCAAUAUUCCAGCCAUAACUACCGGUGGAAUCUACCCAGGAGUGAGCAAUGUGAUGGCAGCGGAGCUUGUUCGCACUGCGAAACUUGAAAGUAAUGGUGAAUUGGAGAGGCUUAGAUUCUACUACUACACUGCAGGCACCGGUGGUGCCGGACCUACUAUUUUAGCUACUAGCUUUUUGCUUCUUGGAGAGGAUGUAGUUGCAUAUAAUAAAGGAGAGGAAAUCAAGUUGAAGCCUUAUAGUGGAAUGCUUACCAUUGACUUCGGAAUAGGGAUCGGCAAGAAGGAUGUUUUCCUCCUAAAUCUGCCAGAGGUGAAAAGUGUGCAUGAGGUCCUUGGAGUACCGACUGUUAGCGCUCGGUUUGGUACGGAUCCAUUUUUCUGGAACUGGGGAAUGAUUGCCAUGAGAAAUUUACUUCCUCGUGAAUUCCUGAGGGAUAGAAGCAAAGUGCAGCAGUUGGUUCAACUAUUUGAUCCAGUUGUUCGAGCCGUUGAUGGCACAUCUGGAGAGGCAGUCUCAAUGCGAGUGGAUUUAGAAUGCUCAGAUGGACACAACAGAAUUGGCAUAUUUAGUCAUAAAAGACUUUCUAGAUCAGUGGGAAUUUCAACAGCUGCAUUUGUCCUUGCUAUUCUCGAGGGAAGCACAAAACCAGGUGUCUGGUUUCCUGAAGAGCCUGAAGGAAUUGCAGUUGAAGCAAGGGAAGUUCUUCUCCAAAGAGCUUCCCAGGGAACUAUAAACUUCAUUAUCAACAAGGCUCCAUGGAUGGUAGAAACAAAUCCUAAAGAGCUCGGAUUUGGAAUUUAUUCAUAAAUUCAGUAUACAGAUUUUACAGAUCAAGCGUUGGGCUUGGAGCCAAAAAAGCAACCUCAACCUGAAGAUUAAAAAGAUGACAUUGUCUUAUAAAUUGAAAAUGCAGAUAAAACAAUGAAAUCUCAUCAAUUGUCUCCCUUUCCUUUUCUUUCCCCUAAUUAUCUUCUUUUACAUAGCUGGAGUACAAUUCUAUUAGAGAAGUCUGCUGAAUAACAAUGUUAAGACACAUUUGAUAAUUAUACAUAUUAAGCAGUUCCUUGUUGAUGCA